CUUUCAAAUUUUAUGAUGAUGAUGAUUGAAUGACAGUGAAAUGUUAUGUGAGGGUAUUUAUUUUAUUGAUCAUAUAACCGAAUAUAGCCUUUGGGGCCACAAGGGCCAAAAUGCUUUGGGGUCCUGGGGACCGAAAUGUUUUAAGGACCAUAAGGGUCGUUGUAUGUAUAAGGGGUCCUGGGGACCGAAACAUUGAAACAAGAAUUGAAGUGCUACGAUGACAUGAGCUAUGUUCCUAUGGUUAUGUUUUGGGUAACGGUACCGUCACCACCUAAGUCGCGAGGUAACGCGACCCUAAGGCUAUGUAGUGGAUUGUAUGAUGGACAGGAAAUCUUAAUGUAUUGAAAAGUUAUAUUUUUGUUUACUUUCAUUAUCCAAAUGUAUGUUUUUUUUUCUGCCUUAUGAGAUUCCUUGGAAAAAUCUUGAUAACGUUUUAUGAAAAUUGUAUUGCAUCAUUUUUAUUUUUAUUUUGUAUAAAUUGAAGUCCAAUUAAGCUCUUAUGUUUAGUAUCUUUAUUUUGAACCCUAUUGGUAGGAGCAAGUUUUAUAACUCCAUGGUAUUGGUAUACUCAUUGGGCUUUAGCUCAUUCUUUUAAAUAAUUUUUUUUCAGAUUCAUAGACUUUUGUGUGGCUCGCCUCAACUUGGAAGACUAGAAUUUUUUUUUUGAAGGAUCACAGGUGGGCAUCUUGUGGUUGAGGUUUUGCUUAGGGUCAUUCUAGGAUGUAAGCUUACCCUUUUUUUUUAUGAAGGAGGUUGAUUGUAAAAAUUGCUUAUGAAGUUGGAUGUAUUGAUGGAUUCGUGAUUAGUAUGUAUUAUAUUUUUUUUGGGAGGAAAUGUUUGGGAACUAUCUUGUAGCAUGAUAAUAUUUUUUUGUCUUUGAAUAGAUCAUCUCAUAUAUGUUAGGCAAUUGAAAGGUCUUAUGCACUUUUGGUGAUGUGGUGAUGUGAUGUAAGAAUUAUACAGGAAUUUGUGGUGUAAAGGUGCUAUAGCGUUUGAGGUGCACCCUCUUGGCAGGGUUUUGCCUUGCCAAGAUUGGGUCGUUACAUUUUUGGUAUCAGAGCAUUUGGUUAUGAAUCUGUAGACUAGUUAUUUUAGAAUUAAAGUUGAUAGGGUAUUGUAGUUAGUAAUUCGAUUAGUGAUGAUGUUUAAUAGCGAUCUAGUAUUCUAAGUUUUAAUUGUCUUGUUAUACAGGCGCGUAUGGCAAGGCGAAGAGUUCAUAAGAGUCGCCCCCUUAUGGAAGUACUUGAGGCUGAGCGAGAGCCACAUCUUAGUGUUGGAAAUGAAGUUCCACCUCGGGUUUAGGAAGAAGAGAUUGAACAUGAAUCGCAUAAUGAGCAAACUCAAGAGUCAAGUGCCAAUCCAGAAGUGGGACAUUCAGAUAGAGUCGUACCACCAAGGGUUGACACAGCUCCAGCAUUUUUUAGACCCUAGUGUGCAGCGCCUUUUAGAGUCAAUGGCUAGCCUAGCGGAGAGGCAGACUCACAUCCUUGAACAACAGAAUGCAGCACAGUCAAGGCCAUUUGUGCAACCUACAGAGAACCGCCUCACCGCAAUUGAGAGGUUCAAGAAGUUGGGGGCUCCAUCAUUUUCUGGAUCGCCCAAUCCUAUGGAGGCAGAGGCCUGGUUAAGGAGGGUAGAGCAGAUAUUUUCUGUGAUGGAAGUAUCAGACGAGCAGCGAGUUGCACUUGCUAGUUUUAUGCUGGUGGAGGAGGCUGAAUAUUGGUGGGAGGCCACGCAACGCCUACUUACGGCAAGUGGCACCGGAGGAUUGACCUGGAACCAAUUCACUAAGGUUUUCAAUGACAAGUACUUUCCAGCUACCUAUCGGUAUGAAAAAGAAAGAGAGUUCCUUCGGCUAGAGCAAGGGGAUUUGACUGUAGCUCAAUAUGAAGCUAAGUUCAUUUCUUUAUCUCGUUUUGCCCCUUCGUUUGUGGAUGAUGAGGAGGUCAAAUGUCGUCGUUUUACAGAUGGGUUGGAUUUGGACAUCAAAUCUCGUAUCCGAGUAUUGGGAAUAACUAACUAUUCAACCUUGGUUGAUAAAGCCUUAACAGCUGAGAAAGAUGUCAUAGAAAUGAAGUUAGCGGAACAACAGAAGAAGCGCCACCUUAGUUCAUCCCAUCAUGAGAACACAUCUAAUAGACCGUCAAAGAGAGGUGGUCAUGGUUAUGGUUCAGUCAAGAGCUCUAGUGCAUAUCAAAAAAAUAGAGAGCAUCCCACCCCAACCCAAAGCAUUUCUAAUCAGCGUCAUGGACAGUCUAGUGGGACAUCAUCUCAGUUUACUCGAAGUGUUUGCAAGCAAUGUGGGCGGGCACAUACAGGUGUUUGUCAUGCUGGUACCGACUUGUGUUUUCGUUGUGGCCAGAAGGGUCAUUUGGUGAAAGAUUGCACAGUUCCUAAAAUGACUAAUUUGGGAGAUACACGAGCUUGCUUCAAUUGCGGACAACCCGGACAUUUGGCUAGAGAUUGCACACGAACUGCUUUAUCUGCUAGUACUGGAGUUGGUAGUAAUAAAAUUUCAGGUGCCGGCCGAGGGGGAAGCCGAGGAGGAGGUCAGGUUGGGACUCGAUUUGGCAAGCAGAAUAAAGGAGGUGUUCAAUCCGAUAGACAAACCUCGCAGGGGAGAGUUUUUGCUUUGACUCAGCGGGAUGCUCAGGCUAAUCCGGAGGUGGUAACAGGAUUGGAGGAAAGCAUCUCUACACCUCUUGGAAAUUAAUUUGUAGAGUUUCAAAUCUACACUUUUGCUAUUUUUGGAGAUUCAUAGACUUUUGUGUGGCUCGCCUCAACUUGGAAGACUAGAAUUUUUU